AUGACUUGCCAACUUUGGACACGUCGGCAUUUUUCUGGGAUUGUCGCCAUGGGCAAGGGUACAAGCGUCGUGAUGGCCCUUCUGGCUGUCUUGGCAGCCAUUGUGUACGUGGAGGAGGUGCAGCGCCACCCUCUGUAUGUCCAGCAUGUAGCUCCUCUUGUGAAGGAGCAUGUCGCGCCACUGUACCGCCAGGCUGAGGCGCAGUACGCGGCACACGUGGCGCCGCUCGUUCACGAGCAUAUGACCCCGCUGUAUGAAGCCCACGUCGCUCCGUUGGUGCGUUCGUUGUCAUCAUCCGUCCAGUCUUCCAAGGACGCUGAGCCGCAGACUACGCAAUCCUUCUCGGAGGCGUGGUGCAACGAGCACGCGGCAAGUCACUUGACCGAGGUCAAGCCCAUCGAAGGGUUUCAUGUGCUGUGUUUGGAUGCUUCGAGUGACAAGAUCACGGGAUGGGUCUACCGCGACGGGUUUGCUUCGACACCAGCCGUGCCGUUCACGGCGUCGAGUUCGUGGGCCAGCUUCAACGAGUCGGUGGAAUCGGCGGCCAACAUCGCGCCGCCAUCCACCCCACACGAGAUCGAGUACAAGCAACCGUGGGGGUUGUUCACGCCCACGGGGACGCGCAUGGACGCGCUCACGAAGUACCGCGGGAUUGCGUACGUGAUGGAAGGCGGGCAGUUCGUGUGGCCAGGGAUUCGCAUCGGGCAUAAACGAGUGAUCCCUAAUCUCCAUGGACUGGGGGACGUCGUGCUCGAGACGCUGGAAAUGACGCCGCUGGUGUUUGCUGUGACAGAGUUUCUCACAAACGACGAGAUUGACGUUAUCUUGGACUUGUCCAUGGACCAUUUGGCGCCGUCGGGCGUGACGCACAACGACGACGACGUGGGCAAACCCGCGACCGAGUGGCGCACCAGCACCACGUACUUUUUGUCGUCCAAGGGGCACCCGACGCUAGAAGGGAUCGACCAGCGCGUGGCCGAUUUGGUCAAGGUGGAUGUAUCACAUCAAGAAGAUGUCCAAGUGUUGCGGUACCAACUCAACCAAAAGUACGACGCACAUUUGGACUACUUUUCAAUCGACCAACUGACGAAAAACCCGGCGAUGGUGGCAAGUUUGCACCACGGGCUCAAGAAUCGCAUGAUUACCGUCUUCUGGUACAUGUCGGACGUCCCCCGCGGCGGCCACACGGUGUUCCCGCGGGCGGGCGGCGCGCCCCAGCCCUCAGACUUUACCGACUGCUCCAAAGGACUUCUCUCGACCCCUCAGAAGCGCAAAGUGAUUGUCUUUUACAGUAUGCUGCCCAGUGGACGGGGUGACCCGUACAGUUUACACGGAGGCUGCCCUGUCCUGGAAGGUAUCAAGUACUCUGGCAACAAGUGGAUCUGGAACAAACAGUACGCGUAGUCGAAUUAUAUAACUAGUAAGUACUAGUAAAUACUACUAAGUACUGGUAAUAGUACACUACGAUGGUCGUGCUGUACUUGUGGGUUCACCCC